UUUUGUCCCCUUGCCCUCAUCUCUGCCUCCACGCUGUAAGUACUGGGAUGGCAAUUGGGCAGAUGGAGGGGCCAGGACUCAGUUCCCCUGCUCUAGUCUGGGCGUAGUGGGUGGGACCCAGCAACGUGCUGGUUUGCCAUAAGCAGGUUUCUAUGCAGUUUCCCUACACUUUCGCUGCGUUAGACUCGAGGCAAAAAGCCGAGAGAGGCCGGGGGAGCAGCCCCAGGCGAACGACACCUGUGGGAGACGGAGCCCCGCUAGCAGCCCAGGGCCCCGGGCCCCGGGCCCCGAGUGACUUCACCAUGGUGCGUUUUAGCCGCUACUUUCUUUUUCAGUCUCUCGGUGCAGGGAAGAGGAGGGUUCUGGAAAGAAGUCGGAUGCAGUAGGGAGAGGAACUGCAAGGGAUCCUUUGCGGGUCACCAGAGAGAGAGAUACGGAGACAGAGAGAGACCACGACGAGAACUGAUUGUUUCGAAGCAGCGCGGGGACUCCGGUUUGCGAGGCACGUCGCGUCCCGCCCAGCCUGUUGAGCAGUGCGGAUUUGCGAGGCGCGCCCUGGAGCUGCUGGAGAUCCGGAAACGCUGUCCCGAGGUCUGGCAAGCCACCGAUCACCUCAGUCACCAGUGUCCUUGAUCUGAUAGUGGCUUCUGUUUGCGUGUCCCAUGUAAGAAGAGCAGGAGGAGAUUGCAGCAAGGUGGGAGGCCGUGGACACCAUGUUCUGCACGAAGCUGAAGGAUCUCAAGAUCACAGGGGAGUGCCCUUUCUCCUUACUGGCACCAGGGCAGGUUCCUAAAGAGCCAGCAGAAGAGGUAGCAGGAAGCUCAGAGAGCUGCAAAGCCGCUCCCCCCAUCUGUCAGGACGUUCCUGAGAAGAAUGUACAAGGAAGUCUUCCUCAAAGAAAGACCAGCAGGAGCCGAGUCUAUCUUCACACUUUGGCAGAGAGCAUUUGCAAACUGAUUUUUCCAGAGUUUGAUUUGCUGAACUUUGCACUUCAGAGAACGUUGGCAAAACACAAAAUAAAAGAAAGCAGGAAAUCUUUGGAAAGAGAAGACUUUGAAAACAUAAUUGCAGACCAAGCAAUUGCAGCAGGAGUUCCAGUGGAGAUCAUCAAAGAAUCUCUCGGUGAAGAGCUUUUUAAAAUAUGUUAUGAGGAAGAUGAAUACAUCCUGGGUGUGGUUGGAGGAACCCUCAAAGAUUUUUUAAAUAGCUUCAGUACCCUUCUGAAACAGAGUAGCCACUGCCAAGAAGCAGAAAAGAGAGGCAGGCUUGAGGAUGCCUCCAUUCUAUGCCUGGAUAAAGAUCACGACUUCUUAAGUGUUUACUAUUUCUUCCCUAAGAGAAUCACGUCCCUGAUUCUUCCUGGCAUCAUUAAGGCAGCUGCUCAGAUAUUGUACGAAACCGAAGUGGAAGUGUUGGUAAUGCCUCCCUGCUUCCGAAAUGAUUGCAGCGAGUUUGUCAAUCAGCCUUAUUUGUUAUACUCUGUUCAUGUCAAAAGCACCAAACCAUCCCUGUCCCCGGGAAAACCCCAGUCCUCGCUGGUGAUUCCUGCUUCUCUCUUCUGUAAGACAUUUCCGUUCCAUUUCAUGUUUGACAAAGAUAUGACAAUUCUGCAAUUUGGCAAUGGCAUUAGGAGGCAGAUGAACAGGAGAGACUUUCAAGGAAAGCCGAGUUUUGAAGAGUACUUUGAAAUUCUGACUCCAAAAAUCAACCAAACGUUUAGUGGAAUCAUGACUAUGUUGAAUAUGCAGUUUGUUGUUCGAGUGAGGAGAUGGGAUAACUCUGUGAAGAAAUCUUCAAAGGUUAUGGAUCUCAAAGGCCAAAUGAUCUACAUUGUUGAAUCCAGUGCCAUCUUGUUCUUGGGGUCACCCUGUGUGGACAGAUUAGAAGAUUUUACGGGACGAGGACUCUACCUCUCCGACAUCCCAAUUCACAAUGCACUGAGGGAUGUGGUCUUGAUAGGCGAACAGGCCAGAGCUCAAGAUGGCCUGAAAAAGAGGCUGGGCAAGCUGAAGGCCACCCUUGAGCAAGCCCACCAAGCCCUGGAAGAAGAGAAGAAGAAGACAGUCGAUCUUCUGUGCUCUAUAUUUCCAAGCGAGGUUGCGCAACAGCUGUGGCAAGGGCAAGUUGUACAAGCCAAGAAGUUCAGUAAUGUCACCAUGCUUUUCUCGGACAUUGUUGGGUUCACUGCCAUCUGCUCCCAGUGCUCGCCGUUGCAGGUCAUCACCAUGCUCAAUGCGCUCUACACUCGCUUUGACCGGCAGUGCGGAGAGCUGGAUGUCUACAAGGUGGAGACCAUUGGUGAUGCAUAUUGUGUGGCAGGGGGAUUGCACAGAGAAAGUGAUACCCAUGCCGUUCAGAUAGCGCUCAUGGCCCUGAAGAUGAUGGAGCUCUCUGAUGAAGUCGUGUCUCCCCAUGGAGAGCCUAUCAAGAUGAGAAUUGGACUGCAUUCUGGGUCAGUUUUUGCUGGAGUUGUUGGAGUUAAAAUGCCCCGUUACUGCCUUUUUGGAAACAAUGUCACCUUGGCUAACAAAUUUGAGUCCUGCAGCGUGCCACGGAAAAUCAAUGUCAGUCCAACAACUUACAGGUUACUCAAAGACUGUCCUGGUUUUGUGUUUACUCCUCGAUCAAGAGAGGAACUUCCACCAAACUUCCCCAGUGACAUUCCUGGAAUCUGUUAUUUUCUGGAAGCUUAUCAACCAGGAACAAAUUCAAAACCGUGGUUCCAAAAGAAAGAUGUUGAAGAUGGCAAUGCCAAUUUUUUAGGCAAAGCGUCAGGAAUAGAUUAGCAAAAUAUACCUGAUUAUUAGUCUUUGGGGUUUAACUCCUUCACACAUGUGUGGAACCUCUGACAGCACUUUAGGAUUGCAGAUGGCUAAAGAGCAGUAUUAAAAUUUCGGGAGCUAAGUCACAAUCUACUUUUUCUUCCACUUAAUAUAACAAAAAUGUAUUCACUUCAAUACUUCAACUCUUCAGUGAAAAAAAGAAAGAAACCUCAAAAAGUGACUUUUGGGGGAUAUUUCUAUUAUAUAACAAUCACUUAUUACCUGUACUCAAAAUUCAGCACAUUGUAUAUAUAUCGGGUAAUUGUAGUUAACUGUACAACCUGAUGGAGUCGCCUGCAGUCUCGUGCCCUGGUGGAAUGCCAUAGUGAUUCAAGUGUAUUUGUGAUAGUGUUGCCUUAAAACAGCUUUUUGAAUGGAAAUUAUAGUCUUUGAUACCAUAAGCUCUUUGAACCUUUCAACCCUGCAUUUUAUUACAUUUCCUCAUUUACUUGUUAGCGUGUAUAAAAAAAUAGAUGUUUUUCUUUCCUAGUGCACUUUUCUUUUUUUAAGAAAACAAGCAAUUAUGGGUUAGGUGCAAUAUGAAUAUAAGAUAGUUCUUCUGUAAAUAUCAAAGAUUAUUUUAUAAAAAUAUUCUCCAUAACAUAAUGUGUCAUCAUAUAAAUAUUUCCUUUUGUUUGACUUUUUUUUUUUAUUCUCUACAUGGUAAAGGCUAUUUUAAUUCAUAUUAGCAAUUUAAUUCCUAUUAAUUCGUUUUUGUGUCAUAAUAUUUAGGAUAAAAGAGGCUUAUGGCCUAUAUUAAAAUGCAAUAAUAUCAUUCUAAUUGAAUUUAACCGGAAGCAACAUGGAGGUAAAGUAAGCAUCCAGAGACCAUAUCAUAAAGAACAGAAGUAAAACGUUUACACACACACACACACACACACACACACACACGGAGUAAUUUAAUCUAUUUCAGCAGACGUCCUCCAUUGCCAUGCUGAGCCAUAUAAAGUUCCAAUAAGAAAAUCAAAGUUCAGAGGUGGGAAAUAAGACUUGUCUUUUUUGCUAAUUAGCUUUAAGCUAAUGAUAGCUUAUUUUUAAGUAUUUUUGUUGAAGACUGUGGUGUAUGUAUAUGUCCUAGGAAUCAUCAAGUUUUUUGUCUUAUUAAGUACACAUCUGUGAAUUGUUUAUUCUAGUUGAAAUAUCUCAAUGAUAUUUUUUAAAGAGAAUGUUGCUAUUGAUGAAGAAAAUGAUGCUGUGAUUUCACUAUGGAAAUUUCCAAACAUUUUUCUGGAGCUUGAACUUUUAUUUUUAAUGAUGUUAGUUUAGACUAAGACCUCUGGUGAACUCAAUAACCCACAGGUUUGGUUUGGGAUGAGGAUUUGAUUUUAAAAAGAGCUCAGCUUCAAAGCAAGAAAAAGAUGAACGUAUAGUUUUUAAAUCAGUAUUAGCAGAGCCACAGAUACACUGAACUUAUGUGGGGUUCUAAGAAGAACUCAGUUUAAAAGUCCCUUAAUUGUCUCCAUUAGUCCCCAGGCUAGCCCAUGAUGACCUCAGGAAUAAAAAGUCUUUAAGGAUUUGCCUCUCAUAUUCCAAGGGUACUACUAUAGCUAUUACAAUGAUUACUAUUUACUAAAUGAUACCCCAAUGUCUUGAAGGACUGAAUGUGUCUCAUUAAAUACCAGUCCUAUUAUUGGAGAGUUCCAUAGGCCUUGGGAAAAUAUAGUUAUAGUCUUACAAUUAUAUGAAGUUAAUAAAAGCAUUUAAAAGGAAAA